CACCUCGUGCUACGCACACACUCGUCCCGUCGUCUCGACAGCCAUGCCAUCAGGCCAAGAAGACCAGCUCACGUUCCUCGACGAUACGCUUAUUUUGGUAAUUUCUUCGGCAGGGCUCCUGUGCGUAACGGCGGCGGUGUUGUGGGUUGUCCGGCAGUCGCCAGAUUGGCAGAGGGCAGACCGUCAACCCGCAGGAGAUCAGGAUGGAGGCGCGGGCUUGCUCGGCGGGAGGACGAGAGUUGUCCCUGGUGGGCGCGAAGCGGCGAAGGCGGCUCGAAAAGAGGCCAAGAAGCGAGCGAAGGCAGAGUUCGGCCGAUCUUCGGCUGGGCAAAAGCGUCAGGUGAAGGGUAAGCGAUCAGCAUGGCAGCAGCAGCCGCGUUCUCACGCGGACAGGGAGCGCACAAAGGAGGAGGAGCGGAAGGAGAGGUCUGCGGAAGGUCUGCGGCGACUGAAGAGCUACAUUCUGGAUCACAAGGUGUCAUCUUUGGAAGAUCUAGAGGUUGAAUUUAGUUUGCCAUCAGCGGAGAUCGUGGAUAAAAUCGAGGAGCUGGAAGCCCGCGGUGAUUUCACGGGCAUCUUGGUCGACGACGCGCGAGGUAGCAGCAGCGGUGGCUCUUUUGUUCGUGUUGGCGAGGGCGAGAUGCGCGCUCUUGCGGCCUUUAUCAACGAGCGGGGGCGACUGACGCUUGCGGAAGUUGCCACUGAGGCGAAUAGGAUGCUGGGUCUUUCAGAAUCACGAGAACAAGAGACCCGAAGAAGAAUUGCUCUUGGUGAGCGGCAUUUUGAUGAGGGGAGUGGCGAGGUGGGGGACGAACACGGUGGUUUAGACGUAGAGACUCAGCACCACGCCGCGUCGGCUUGUAGGGCACCCGCCGAAGCACUAGAGUCGUGAGGCGUAGUCAAGUUGUAGGCACUUCGAAGCCUUGGAAAGACAGGUCGCCAGAAAUCACAAGAGAACGGGCUGUAUGAGGCAAUAGAGACGCUGGCUGAUCUGGCAGCAGGAGCAACGAAUCAAGCUCCAUGUUUGACGACCAAGCCUGGGCGGACAAGUUGGGUGGAUGAGGAAUACGGCUACAUGUAUUGCGUUGACAACGACCGCAACUUUCCUGUGAAUAAUAAUCGUGGAACAACAGAUUCUACAGUCGGCAGCGUCAGCGCAUGCCAUAUCGCAGAGCUUAUUCCCAGGCCCUCGGGUUUAUGUGGGUAUUCC